AUGGCUGACAAGUCUCAAAUUUUGGCUAUGCCUGAAAUCAGCCUCGGGCCUGAGGUCAGGGGAAUGCCUGUUUUGGGAUUUGGAACUGCAGCUGAUCCCCCGGUAGACGCCGAAACCACCAAGCAGGCAGCCCUUCAAGCCAUUGAGCUGGGAUACCGGCAUUUUGACGCAGCUGCUCUUUACAACUCGGAACAACCUCUAGGAGAAGCCAUCAUCGAGGCAAUCAACAGAGGCCUGAUUAAAAGCAGAGAAGAGCUUUUCAUCACAUCUAAACUAUGGUGUAGUGAUGCUCAUGCACCAGAUGUUGUUCCUGCUAUUCGGAAAACUUUACAGAAAUUGAAGAUGGAUUACAUUGACCUCUAUCUUAUACACUGGCCAGUGAGUUCUAAACGAGGAAUAUACGAGUAUCCCAUAAAGAAAGAGGACUUUCGUCCUCUGGAUUUUCAGGCUGUCUGGGCAGCCAUGGAAGAGUGCCAGGGACUUGGCCUUACGAAAGCCAUUGGAGUUAGCAACUUCUCCAGCAAGAAGCUCGCCGAUGCCCUCUACACUGCAAACAUUCCCCCUGCUGUCAACCAAGUUGAAGUGAAUCCAUGUUGGCAGCAAAAGAAACUGAUAAAGUUCUGUAAGGAUAAUGGAGUUGUUGUAGUUGCUUAUGCUCCUUUAGGAGCUGUAGGAACCUUUUAUGGAACUAACAGGGUUAUGGAGUCUGAGGUGCUAAAAGAAAUAGCUGAGGCCAGAGGAAAAACUGUUGCUCAGGUUUCUCUGCGAUGGGCUUUGGAGCAAGGCAUUGGGGUGGUUGUCAAAAGCUUCAACAAGGACAGGAUGCAGCACAACCAUGACAUUUUUGACUGGGAACUGAACGCUGAUGCAUGUAAGAAGAUAGCUGAGAUCCCACAGGGCAGAGCUUGCCUUGGGAUAGACUACACUUCACCCCAUGGACCUUACAAGACAAUUGACGACAUCUGGGAUGGAGAUGCAUAAUCAAGUCAUUUGAAGACACAACAGUGUUUUGACGUGAAGUCCUGCUUGUAGCAGAUCUUUUACCAUUAUCAUCGCUAUGAUAUAUAUUCAGUUUAUAUG